CCCGCCCGCACGCCCGGCCCGGCAGAGGCGGGGCCGGGGCCGCGCAGGACUCGCCGCUGCCGGAACAGCCACCGCCCGCGCCGGUGCCAUGGAGGAGUUUCACCCCCACAACGACGAGAUGAUCUUCAAUGCUGAUGAAGCCCACAACAUAGUUAAGGAGUGCAUAGAAAGUGUUCUAGGCAAGGCGGAUUAUAAUCACAACAAAGUCAACCAGUGGACUGCUGCUAUAGUAGAACAGUCACUGACACAUCUGGUAAAACUCGGAAAAACAUAUAAGUACAUCGUAACCUGUGCGGUGAUGCAGAGGAGUGGAGCUGGUCUUCACACAGCAAGCUCGUGCUUCUGGGAUACCACAACCGAUGGAACCUGCACAGUGAGAUGGGAAAACCGAACAAUGAACUGCAUUGUCAAUGUGUUUGCUGUUGCUAUUAUCCUGUAGCUGACUGGAAGAUACAUAUAAGCAACACCGAAGCCUUUAAAAAGAAAAAAAAAUUCAUCCAAACACAUGGCUAAAUAUUCCAAACCAUUAUUUGUUUUUGUAUGAGGAGCAUACAGAAGUUCUCUACAGAGGGCAUACAGUCUAAGCCAGUUCUCAUAGAUUAAUUAUCUGAAAGCUAGCAAAAAAUUUAAAAUAUAUAUAUCUAUCUAAAGAGAAAGUUUUAGUAAUUUAAAUAUUCAGAAGCAUAUUAGUGAGAAGAUACCACAAAGAUACAAAGAUCCGUACAAUUUAUAUCAAAGCUAAUAUCAAAGAUACUUUGUUCAAGAGGAGCAAACACUUCAAAUCAAAGGAAGGGUCAAAGAGCAAGCAAGACCUCUCAGGAUUAUGGUGCAUUUGGGAACAAAUUAUGAACGCAAUUCAGAGUGGAUAUAGUGUAAACAGUACUGGUGCUUCAUGUUUGAUUAAACAAAGCUAACUGUCACAUCGAAUGCUGGUGCUUGUGAAAUUGCAUGAGCAUCGCAUUUCGGUCAAGCAUGAACAUUUACAUUGAAAUCAAAUCCAGUUAAGCUUUUCCCCUGGAGGCAGAGGAUGACUUCACUGGGGCAAAGAUGAAAUCUAUCUAGUCCUAGCAGAAUUCUAACUUAUCUUCAGAAUGGAGAGCAUAAUAUUUGUUAACAAUUCAGGGAAACAUGCAGGGGAUCAGACACCAGCCCUUAAUUUAAUAGUUUACAAAUCUGAAAACCGUGAAGGUACUUAAAUUUUAUUUUAUUCCACGACAGCAGAAUUUGUGACAAGCACUUUAUUGAUUCCUCGUGCAGUAGCCAGGAGCUAGGGAAAUAAGACUGGACCCACAUUACUCCCAAGUAAGAUUAAAGUGUUUGGAGGGAAGGCACACACAUUUCUAGAGGCUCUUGUUAGCUUUGAAAGCAUUUAUCUUAAAGCGACAUAUCUGAUCUUUAGAGGAGCGUUUCCUACAUUCUCCAAGUCUAGAAUUGGAUCUCAGUCCUAUGAAAUAAUACAGUUAAGCUUUAAGCACUAAGAAUUCCCCUCCUGUAAAGAUUUAUGCAAGUUCUUAACUUUGCUCAUCUGAUGAGUCUUAACUUGAAAUAUUCCACAUGGGAGAAAAGCAUUUGCACACAUGCAAGUAUUUGCUGGGUUGGGGCCUGUGUUUUUGUUGAUUAAUGCACAAAUUAUAUGAUAAAGGGAUGUGUCAAUACCAAAAAUGCCUAAAUGAUUGCUGCCACUAAGUGGCAGCUACAUUAAGUUGUUUUCUCAGAUGCUGCUUAAGGAUAGACUUUUUUCUUUAUUACUGCAUGUCUUUGGAAGAGACUGGUAACUACCUAACAGCUACUGUAAGGCUGUUUUGGAUUUUAACAAAUGAAUAUUAAAGCACUAUUACGCA